AUUCCUGUAUGGGGAGGGAAGUGACCUUACUUCUUGUCUGAACUUCUUUGACCAGGAAUGUCUGUAUCUUUUGAUCUCCGGACAAUGAUUCUAAUCAUCAUUUGCAGUGCGAUCUUGCUGGCCAUGUUAGUGCUAACAGGCGUUGUCAUCUGUCUUUAUUCCAAACUGUCCAAGGCACUGAAGGCUGCAAAGGAAUGUGAGCUUGAAGCUAAUUUAGCCAACACCAGGGACAAGAUCAUCCUGGCUCAAACCACCGGCAUGGAGCCUUGUUCUGCUCUUCAAUUCUGUGAUGAAUGCAAAAUGUAUGCGGAUUAUGAUUCCCUGCCACCUUGCUUUUGUGAUACAAAUGAGGGACUCUAAGAUGGGAAUGAAGGAUACAAUAAUC